GCGGGCCUGCCGGAUAAAGCGGAUUCUCCUGAAGUUGACUUCGGUGUCCGUCCCGAGGGGCUGGAGCGUGCGCCUCCCUUACGCUCUGAGGGCCACGCGGGCCCUGUCCCCGCUCCUGCCUCACCCGAGAGGCCAGGGUUCGUGAAUCUGGAGUACCUUCCGACUGCCCACCGUUGUGCCGCACCCCGAGGCUCUGUGGAGGCUUUGCAAGAGUUGGAGGGGUAGAGCGGGGAAAGAGCCAUUUUGUCACCCUGACCGGGGAGACGGAAGAGGCCAAGAGGAAACGGGCUCCUACUCCCUGCUUGUGGGGCCCGGCCCCCGGGGCAGCGGCUGGGCCCUGCUCUGGAGCCCCCCGCCCCCCGCCCUUGAGGGCUGGCUCCUCACUUCUGGGUCUGAACUGUCCCUUAAGGAAGGCUCAGCGACAGCCACAGGGCGGGGGUGGGGGUGGAUCCAAGGAAGCCUUCUUUCCAUCCCGGGCAUCUCAUCUCGGGGAUUGGAUGAUCUUUCCACGGCAGAAAUGCUGUGUGCCUGGACUCCUCCAGGAUGGUCUGGGUGCCAGGGAGCCACUGAAUUGGCAGGGAGAGGAACGAAGUGAGGGGUCCAGGAGCUGCCCUGAGGAGGCUCACACCUUCCCAGCGAAAAGUGACUAGAUCCUGGCACAGGGUGACUGAGUCUCGUAGACCUGAGUCUGUGACACCUGGCGGUUCCAAAGAGUCUUUGAGUUAGCCCGAGAUCGGAGAGGGCAAGGCCAGAUGAGGUCUUGAGAAAAGCACUCCCUGAAGACAUGGACCGGUGGCAGCUGCAGUCUGGCCCCCACCCCAUGUGCAGAGUUAGGUUGGGCACAGGUGCCCCUCACGGUGCCCAGGGAGGCAGAGGUCGGAGGAAGGGAGCCAGGACCCGGCAGUGGCAUGUGUAGAUUCUGGCGUGCUUCUCCAGAGGCCCAUGGGUCUGCCUCGGAACUGCCUCUGGACUUGACAGUUACAUUCCCCGAUGCUGGUAUCCUGAGCGCUGUUUCCUUGCACGCCCUCCGAGGGCCCCAGAGCUGGGUCUGGUUGGCGUCCAGGUGUAUGUGCCCGUGCCCCUGACCACCAGUCCAGCUUCUCCAUCCACAUCAUUGCGGCUGCAUCCGUGUGCUUUGUCUGUUUGCUCCUUUAGAGGGUCAGGGACCUCGGACACCUUAGCACUGGACAUGCUGGUAGAGAAAUGAGCAUGGUGGUGAUAACGGGGAACCCCUCAGGCAGUCUCCCGGUGCGGUCCAGGUGGAGAUGGGUUUGAAGCUAUGGGAAUGGAGGGAGGCCUACUGGACCCGUCCAGAGCAGCAGGAACAAGGGGCUUCUGCAGGGAGGUUUCCAGGGUAGGGUAGGGGCCGUGCAAGUCUCCGAAGCCUGUUUCAGCCCCUUCAGGGCUGUAGCCGCCCAGCCCCCCCAGUACUUGAUCUGUCCUGAGAAAGCCCUGAUACCUCUCUGUCCCUGAGCCAGUCUGGGAUCCCUGGGGCCAGGCCCCAGUGGAUCAGCUCCUCCCACUUCCAUUUGGCCUCAUUUUUACUCAUCCAGCAAAUUUCCCUAAACCCGGACAAGGUAUCAGGCACUGGUGGAGGCCCUGGUGCUGCACGCCCCAACUCUGCAGCCCUGCCCAGGACAGCUCCCGCCUCCCGAAGUGGGGGCUAGCCCCGGCCCAUGUGUCCAGGCCAGGGGUCAGGAGGGAGAAGCUCUUGUGGGCAAAGAUGGACAGUUCAGUCCUGCCUCCAGGUGCCUCCGGACAGGGAGGCAGAUACAUCCUUGUUACCUGGGCGGCCAGGAGAAGCUGCUCCUGAGGCAGCCUCCAGGAGCGGCCCCUCUUCAGGUAUGUAAACCCUACAUGGAAUUUUCUCUUUCCUGAGUCUCCAUGUUGUUAGAAGCCAAGUCAGGAGGAAAGCUGGAAAGGAAGCCAGGGACUUAGGGAUGCAGACCCCUUUACACACUGCAGUAAAGAUCCUUUGGCUGACCCAUCCUCAGCAAGCUGAACCCAUUCUUCCUCCUGCUGCCAGGCUAGAGACUGGCUGUGUCCCCUGGCUGAACGCAGAGCUCUGGGUGGCCUUGGGGGAUGUGCUGGAGCCUAGCCCUGGAGGGGCGGGGCAGGCGGCUAGGGUUUCAGGUUUGUUUAUGCCUCUAGCAGGCACCUUGGGGCCAAGGGUGUGACACAGGGCUCAGCACUGACAUUCAGCAAAGCUCCCGAUUUCCCCAGAUUUCCCCGUUCUGCUGUGGGUGGGUAGGAGGGGGUUGGCUCUACAGUCCCAAGCAGGCCCGGGGUCUGGAGUUUUUUCCAUGGUGUUCUGGGGGGUGUGGGGUGCACUGUGGUCCUCAGCAAGCCUGGGCCAGCAGGGUACCAGCCGGUGCACAGGAGGAGCAGUUCACACCCAGGGCCGGCCUGAGCUCUGCCAGGCCCCACGACGGUGUUCUUUUCAGCAGGGUCAGCGCUAUUAAUACCGGGAGGGCACACAGCCCCCAGCCGAGUGAUCCUCCUAAUGCCUGUGGCCUCAGCCUCUGGGGCGGCCGCGGGUCCUGUUCUUUCCACACGGGGCUCUUCCGACCCCUCCCCCAGCUCCUCACCUGCUGGGCUGCCUGCCCACCCAUGGAGGGGCAGUUCAGGAGGCCCCUGAGCUGUCCUGGGGGGCUGCUGUGGGUCUGAGAGGCACAGUGGAGAUGUCCCUGUACACACCUGGGAUCACCCUGCUGUCCGCUGUCCCCUGUGUCCCAGCCAUGAGCAGCCCCCCAGCUUACCCUGGCAUCAGGAUCUCGGGGUGCUGGGCCCUUGGAGCAGAAGGCAGCGGCCAUGCGGAAUCCUUGGACAGGCUCCUCCCGCCUGUGGGCACCGGGCGCUCACCCCGGAAGCGCACCACCAGCCAGUGCAAGUCUGAGCCGCCCCUGCUGCGCACCAGCAAGCGCACCAUCUACACGGCCGGGCGGCCGCCCUGGUAUAAUGAGCACGGCACACAGUCCAAGGAGGCCUUUGCCAUCGGUCUGGGAGGUGGCAGCGCCUCUGGGAAGACAACUGUGGCCAGGAUGAUCAUUGAGGCCCUGGACGUGCCCUGGGUGGUCUUGCUGUCCAUGGACUCCUUCUACAAGGUGCUGACCACGCAGCAACAGGAGCAGGCCGCCCACAACAACUUCAACUUCGACCAUCCAGAUGCCUUCGACUUUGACCUCAUCGUGUCCACCCUCAAGAAGCUGAAACAGGGCAAGAGCGUCAAGGUGCCUGUCUACGACUUCACCACCCACAGCCGGAAGAAGGACUGGAAAACACUCUAUGGUGCAAACGUCAUCAUCUUCGAAGGCAUCAUGGCCUUUGCUGACAAGACGUUGCUGGAGCUCCUAGACAUGAAGAUCUUUGUGGACACGGACUCCGACAUCCGCCUUGUGCGGCGGCUGCGCCGGGACAUUAGCGAGCGAGGCCGAGACAUCGAGGGUGUCAUCAAGCAGUACAACAAGUUCGUCAAACCUGCCUUCGACCAGUACAUCCAGCCCACUAUGCGCGUGGCAGACAUCGUGGUGCCCUGGGGGAGCGGAAACACGGUGGCCAUCGACUUGAUCGUGCAGCACAUGCACAGUCAGCUGGAGGAGCGUGAGCUCAGUGUCAGAGGAAGCUGCGCUGGGAUAUGUGAGGACAGAGUGCGCGCUGGUUGUAAUGCUGCGCUGUGCGCUGUGUGCGGGGGCCUGGGCUCCGAGCAGCGUUGCCACCCAAGGGGCGCUGCACUGAACGCGAAGACGGUUCCAUCCCGCCUCCCCUCCCCGGGAGAGGCGCACAGCACGUCUGCCCAGGUCCAGGUCCAGGUCCAGGUGGCGUGUCCUCGAGGGUCCUACGUAGGGACGGAGGCCGGCCGACUAGGCAAGCGCCGGGCCGGGGCACGACGCGAGCUGCCCCGAGGGAGGAAACCCAAAACUCUGGCAACGAGGGGAAGGGUUGCGGGGAACCGGUCCUCGGAGCGGCCCAAGCCGAGGGCGGAAGACGCACGCCACGGCCAUCGGAAGCUUCGAGGCCCGGCGCCGGGCAGCUGA